UGUCGACUUACAAUCUAGAAGGCCAUCUAUAUCAUCUUGGACAAAGAUCAGCAUUUGACUUAAUAUGCACACUGAUCCAUAUGUGGCCCCGCCUCUUGAUGUUUCCUCAGUCAUACAUGGGGGGAUACACCAUCCUGUCCUCCGGUCUUACCAAGACCAAGGUCGAAGCCUCAACAAAUCCAUGUUGAUGUAUCCCAUCUUCAUCUCCGACGACCCGGAUGCCGAACAGGUCAUUUCCAGUUUGCCAGGUCAGAAGCGAUGGGGUAUCAAUAAGUUAGAAGGUUUCUUGGGACCAUUAGUGUCGAAGGGUCUCAAGUCUGUGAUCUUAUUUGGGGUACCGGAGAAAAUGAUCAAGGACGAAAGAGGUAGUGCUGCCGAUGAUCCCAACACGCCCGUCAUCCUCGCCUUAAAGCACCUCUCCGCUCUCUUCCCUCAUCUAUUCCUCGCGGUGGACGUCUGUCUCUGCGAAUACACCUCGCAUGGUCAUUGUGGCAUUCAAUCAUCACUUCCUCAUCCCGCUCACUCUAAUGCACCCUCUCUUGAUGCUGAUGCCUCGGCUCAAAGAAUAGCAGACGUUGCCGUAGCAUACGCAAAAGCUGGCGCGCACUGUGUUGCUCCCAGUGAUAUGAUGGAUGGAAGGAUCAGAGCGAUAAAGAUGGGACUCAUUCACUCUGGGUAUGGAAAUCGAUGUACGCUUAUGAGCUAUGCGGCAAAGUUUGCGAGUGGUCUCUAUGGCCCUUUCAGAGAAGCCGCCGGGAGCACGCCGAUGUUUGGAGAUCGCAAAUGCUACCAACUGCCUCCCAACGGUCGCGGCAUCGCUCGCCGAGCUGUGCGAAGGGACAUUAGCGAAGGAGCGGAUAUCAUCAUGGUCAAGCCAGCUCUACCCUAUCUGGACGUUAUUUCGGAUGCACAGGAGAUUGCAAAAGACCUGCCGAUAGCCUGUUACCAGGUCUCUGGCGAGUACGCCAUGAUCUACGCCGGAGCGGAGAAGGGUAUCUAUGACUUGAAGCAAAUGGCUUUCGAAACUACCGAGAGCAUGGUUCGCGCUGGAGCUGGCAUUAUUCUCAGUUAUUUCACGCCUGAAUUCCUGGACUGGUUAGAACAAUGAUGGCCACUCAAUUCACAUUCUCAGUCAUAA